AUGUGCAGCUCCGACAUCUUCCUGGCGGUUCUCGCCGUGUUCUUCCCGCCCAUUGCAGUAUGGGUCAAAGUGGGACUCUGCACUGCAGACUCGGUCAUCAACCUCGCCCUGUGUUGCCUUGGAUUCCUUCCAGGCCUUAUCCAUGCCUGGUACAUCAUUUUCAAAAACCCCGAACCCGAUUAUGACGCCAUAUCCUAUGAGCCCAUUCCCGGGGGUGGGAGUCAGCGACGUGAUCUCGAGAAUGGAAACGUCACUUACUACUAUGUCUCACGCCAGUCCCCGCAGGAUCAACCUCAGUCUCAGCGCGGAUACGGCACGGUUCAGGGCCAGCAGGCGCCCGCGAAGAACUCAAACGCACAAGGCAACCAGGACAGCGGAAAUGGGAGCAGCAGUGCGAACCCACCACCAACGUACGCGGAAGCUGUGCGAGGCGACAACAAGGUGCAAAGUCAGGAAUAA